AUGUCUUCGGUUGACCAUGACAUUGGAAAGAUGGAAAUCAAGAUAAAGGGAAACGAGGUAAAAAUGUUUUCGUUUCUUGCCCUCGAUAGAGAAUGCAUGGGCAUACAGGUUGACUUGGAAUUUCGGCCGAACUGCCUCGGUGCUAAAGCGUUAUUAGCGUUCGAUGGCCUUAACUUGAGAACAUCAAUUUGCGAAAGCGAAGGAAAGAACAGGCCCAGAUCGGAUCAAGAAAAAAAUAAAUGGCAAGUUGUUCGUUGA